AGAUGCUCUGCAAAAGCUGGGAUCACAGAAUGGUUUGGGUUGGAAGGGACCUUUAAGAUCAUGCAGUUCCAACCCCUGCUAUAGGCAGGAACUCCUCCCUAUAGAGCACGUAGCUCUGGCUUGGCCCCUUUCCCUGCACUAGCAAAGGGCACAGAGCACAGCUCUGCUGUGUCAGGAGGCAACUCCUGAAGCUCUGGGUGUGCAGAGGAGGAGAAGGCACGGUGGUGUGAAGCUGCCUUCUGUUUCUCAAGUCUGAACUCCAAGUUGUGGAUUUCUGAAGACCCAAAUAAAGCAAAGAACAGCUUUUAUUUUUUCAUAUGCUCCUGGAAAUGAGAUGGCUCUCUUGCAGUUCUUGGUGUACUGGUGCAUUUAAGUAAGACUUCUAAGCAACUUACCACAAAGAUUCUCGAGAUUCUUGAACCAGUAAAGCAUUUUCUAACUAAAUACCUGAAGUCUAAAAGCUCUGCAGGGGGUGACUUAAUGCAGAAAGGCCCCAGCUCCAAAUGGGCCCCAUACAGCAUUCCUCUUCUGAUCAGGGUGCUCCAUAGGACACUAUAGGUUGGCAGCCAAGCGCCCUGAAUACAAAAGGGACGUUGUGCCUCCCGUGUGGAGCUGCCCAGAAGAUAACACGUGGCUGACCUUGCAGCCUUGCCUGGGGGAGCUGCUGUUGUGUCCUUGCUGAUGAGCAUUGCUGGCAACCCACUGGUGUGUUUCCAGGAGAUCGUGCAGUGUGUUGGCUGCUGCUGCUCUGUGACACCCCUGACCCCAUGGGGCUGGCUGUGGAGAUGAGAGCAGGGCAGGUGCUGCUGGUGCUGUUGGCUGCCUCCGUGGUGAUGCCUGCCAAGGACCCGCUGCUCAACAUCUGCAUGGAUGCCAAGCACCACAAAACCAAGCCUGGCCCAGAGGGGAUGCUGUAUGGCCAGUGUGCUCCCUGGAAGGACAAUGCCUGCUGCACGGCCAACACCAGCUCAGAAGCCCACAGGGACCAGUCCUACCUGUACAACUUCAACUGGAACCACUGUGGGGUGAUGCCACCCAAGUGCAAGCGUCACUUCAUCCAGGAUAUGUGCUUGUAUGAGUGCUCACCCAACCUGGGGCCCUGGAUUGACCAGGCUGACAGCAGCUGGCGGCGGGAGAGGAUUCUGCAUGUGCCACUGUGCAAAGAGGACUGCGAGGAAUGGUGGGAGGACUGCAAGGACUACGUCACAUGCAAAGAGAACUGGCACAAGGGCUGGAACUGGGCAACAGGAACCAAUCGCUGUCCCUGGGGCUCCAUGUGCAGACCCUUCACCCAGGUCUUCCCCAGCCCCAAAGAUCUGUGUGAGAAGAUCUGGUCCAACUCCUACAAAUACACCACAGAACGCCGGGGCAGCGGGCGCUGCAUCCAGAUGUGGUUUGACCCCGCGCAGGGGAACCCCAAUGUGGUUGUGGCAAAGUACUACGCCUGGAAGAAGAGAUCCUCUCCUGCCAGGAUGGAGGACGUGACUCCUGAGGCAGGCAGAGCUGCGUGUGCUGUGCCACGGCUCACCCUGCUGCUGGCCCUCGUGCUGCUCACUGCAGGCUGGGGGUCCUAUGGGAGGGGGUCCCUGUGACAGCUCCCUGAAGGGAUGGGGCUUCUCUUUCUGCAAAGGAGGAGGCUGCUCCCGUGGCAUGAGUGGCACUUGGUCUGUUCAGUUUGCUUGUGUGCCCCAGUGGAUGCUCAGCAUGGACUGUGGUGUUGGACUUUGAUGCCCGCUGCUGCUUCCAGCUGGUGGAGGCAGUGAUUUCCCAUCCUUUGUGUCUGAGCUCCUUCUGUCUUCCCACCCUGUGUUUCCUGCUCAUAGGACAGGUGCUGAUGGCUGUGCUCUGGGUGGGUAGUGUUUGUUCAUGAUCCAUUUCUGAAUGCUGGCAUCUGGUCCUUCUGCGAGCCUGGGGAGUGGGGCUGGUAAUAAA